CAAGCCUGUCUGCGCAUGCGUGACACACAUCAUGUGAAAGAAACGUAAACCGGAGGAAAUUUGAUUCGUUGUAGACAUGUACAGAAGAACAAUCCUGUGUUUUCGCGGUCAGGACACUUUAAACGCAUUUCAAAGAGGAAUGUGUUGUUUAAUGCGUCGAUACGUGAGCGUCAGAUCAGAGCAUGAUAUAAAGAACUUCAUUAUAGAUAACACAGAAAUAGUGAGUGCCCAAAGUUUGACCCCAGAGAUUUCUUUAAGACUCUUCACCCCCACCUGUCGGUUCUGGACGGAGAGACCUGAAUCGUGGCCUUUUCCUGAUCCGUACUGGGCAAUAUAUUGGCCCGGUGGACAGGCGCUGGCUAGGUAUCUGUUAAAUAACCCCGAGGUGUCUGGAGGCAGAAAGGUGCUGGAUCUCGGCUGCGGUUGUGGAGCAUCAGCCAUUGCUGCCAAACUCACUGGAGCUUCCCGUGUUGUUGCCAAUGACACUGAUCCAAUUGCUGCCAUUGCCACAAAAAUGAACUGUGAACUGAACAAUUUGGACCCUUUACCUUGUGUGACAGACAACAUCAUUGGCUCAAAGCCCGAUGACUGGGACCUCAUUCUUCUCGGAGACAUGUUCUAUGAUGAAGAUCUGGCUGAUCAUCUGCAUAAGUGGCUCCAGACAUGUAUAACCACACACGGAACACAAGUGCUUAUUGGUGACCCGGGACGGGCUCAAUUUGAAGGCCACGACAUCAGAAAAUUAUUACAUAAACUGGCUUGCUUUGAGCUGCCCGACUCGGUCAAAGACGAGAACUAUGGACUAACAAAUAGCACAGUGUGGUGCUACAACUACAAACCUGAUCUAUAACAGCUAAAGCAUUCACAUAUAAGCAAACUAUGGACGUAAAUACAACCUUAUUAUAAGAAAAUGCUAACAUAAAUAUAUCAAAUUGAUGCUGUUUACUGUAAGCAAACAUGUUUAAUGGAACAUAUUCUGGAGCAGAUUACUGUUA